UAUUAUAGAUGUACGUGUGUGUGUGUAAGCAUUUAUUUAUAUGUAUUUUCUUGUACACCUUUGAGUGAGUAACCGUCUUUAGUUGGGUUGGGUUCCUUACACUUGUCACGCAAUUUCCUUACACUUCCUACCCAACUACUUGUUUAUAUAUAUCACUACUCAUUUCCCACUUCCCAAUUCGCACAUUCUCACUCUCUACAACUUUGAUUCUUUCAUUUCAUUUGUUUCUUGAGAUGGCUCUAGAAGCUUUGAAUUCGCCGACGGCGUCGUUUAAGUUCGACAGCGGCGCCGCCGCCGCCGGUGUCCCGUGGACCAAGGGUAAGAGGACCAAGAGGACCCGGAGCGUCGACGGCCCCCACGAGCCGACUGAGGAAGAGUAUUUAGCACUCUGCCUAAUCAUGCUCGCCCGCGGCGGUGCGCCGCCGCCGCCGCCGCCGGCGGCGGCGGCGGAUGAGCCGUCAAAAUUGGUGUAUAAGUGCUCCGUAUGUAAUAAGGCGUUCGGUUCUUACCAGGCUUUGGGAGGGCACAAAGCCAGCCACCGGAAGCUGACGGCGGGAGACGAUAGCUCCGCCGCCUCCGCCCCCGUCGUAGCUGCCGGCGCCGCCGUCCCGGCGGCGUCCGGCGGCAGUAGGAUUCACGAGUGUUCCAUCUGCCACAAGUGCUUCCCGACAGGGCAGGCUUUGGGAGGUCACAAGCGCCGACACUAUGAAGGCGGCGCGCCGAGCGGGAACGGAGCCGGCGCCGGGAGCAGCGCGGUGACUUCAUCGGAGGGGGUUGGGUCCUCCGUCAGUCACCGGGGCUUCGACCUGAACUUGCCGGCGUUGCCGGAGCUCUGGCGGAGUAUCGCCGCCGACGAUGAAGUCGAGAGCCCCUAUCCGGCGAAGAAGCCACGGCUUGCGCCGACGCCGGCGAAGUUGGAAAUCUUCUGAAGUGGACAACUGUCAGAAACUAUUUAUUCGUGUAUUUUAAUUAAAUUAAAAAUUCAAUAUUUUGUUAUGAUAUUUUUUUAUUUUAUUUUUUAUGAUUUAUGUAAUAUUGGGUGAGAAAAUUUUUGGUGUAAAUAGAUCACAGCCAGCCAUUGUUUGAUUGAAUUCAGAUUAUAAUUUAUUCGUUCCA